AUGACAGCCUCCGUGCUCCUCCACCCCCGCUGGAUCGAGCCCACCGUCAUGUUUCUCUACGACAACGGCGGCGGCCUGGUGGCCGACGAACUCAACAAGAACAUGGAAGGGGCGGCGGCGGCGGCAGCCGCAGCGGCAGCGGCGGCAGCAGCCGGGGCCGCGCUGGUGCCCUCCGGAGGAGGCUGGCCGGGCCCGGCGGGCCCCGCAGGCACCGAGGCCGCCAAACAGUGCAGUCCCUGCUCGGCGGCAGCACAGAGCUCGUCGGGGCCCGCGGCGCUGCCCUACGGCUAUUUCGGCAGCGGCUACUACCCGUGCGCCCGCAUGGGCCCGCACCCCAACGCCAUCAAGUCGUGUGCGCAGCCCGCCUCGGCCGCCGCCGCCUUCGCAGACAAGUACAUGGAUACCGCCGGCCCCGCAGCGGAGGAGUUCAGCUCCCGCGCUAAGGAGUUCGCCUUCUACCACCAGGGCUACGCGCCGGGGCCUUACCACCACCAUCAGCCCGUGCCUGGUUACCUGGAUAUGCCAGUGGUGCCGGGCCUCGGGGGUCCUGGCGAGUCGCGCCACGAACCCCUGGGUCUUCCCAUGGAAAGCUACCAGCCCUGGGCGCUGCCCAACGGCUGGAACGGCCAAAUGUACUGCCCCAAAGAGCAGGCGCAGCCUCCCCACCUCUGGAAGUCCACUCUGCCCGACGUGGUCUCUCAUCCCUCCGACGCCAGUUCCUACAGGCGGGGGAGAAAGAAGCGCGUCCCUUACACCAAGGUGCAAUUAAAAGAACUCGAACGGGAAUACGCUACAAACAAAUUCAUUACCAAGGACAAAAGGAGGCGGAUAUCAGCCACUACUAAUCUCUCCGAGCGGCAGGUUACUAUCUGGUUCCAGAACAGGAGGGUCAAAGAGAAAAAAGUCAUCAACAAACUGAAGACCACUAGUUAA